UCCUCCUUAUUACUUACAGAUGGCCUCGAAGAUGCUGGGUUUCCUGCUUCUCGGAGUAUUGAUGAGCGUGGCCGUGGCCCAGCAGCCCAGUGGCCGAGUCCUGGAGCCGCCGAUACCGCAAGCUUGCGCCCAAAGAACCAUCCACAUGCGCUUCAACAACAAGGGUUACUACAACUCGUGGGCCGAUCCCGCGACGGCAGGUCACGAGUACGAUUGGCUCACCGCGAGGAACUUCUGCCGGAGACGCUGCAUGGACCUCGUAUCGCUCGAGACCUCCGCGGAGAACGAGUUCAUCAAGAAAAACAUUGUCCAAAAUAAUGUCAAGUACAUCUGGACCUCGGGGCGUUUGUGCGACUUCAAGGGCUGCGACAGGCCCGAUCUCCAGCCGCUCAACGUAAACGGAUGGUUCUGGACCGCCGUGCUGCAGAAACUCGCUCCCACCACGAGCCGCGAUCAGAACGAUUGGUCGCCAAGCGGAGGAAUCGGCAGACCCCAGCCGGACAAUCGCGAGGCGCUGCAGGGCGGAGCCCCCGAAAACUGUCUGGCCGUGCUCAACCAGUUUUACAACGACGGGGUCAAUUGGCACGACGUCGCCUGCCACCACAAGAAACCCUGGGUCUGCGAGGACAACGAAGCUCUCCUCAAAUACGUGCUCUUCACCAAUCCCGGCAUCCGCCUUUAAUUCCAUCCUCAUCGAAAUCGUCGUCGCUGUAUGGCCCCUCCCCCCUGCAAUAUAUUAACGGCAACGCUAUAGUUACACACGAUCGUUCAUUCAAUUAUAAUGUAUAUGUAUAAAAAUGUCAUACAUAUACAUGUAUAUAUAAAUGUUUCGU